AUGUGGCAAGAUGACCCACGUUCCACCCUCGCAACCUCCUCAAUCGUAGCCAACUCAUGGGGCGACCAACGCAUCGACGUCUUCGGCGUAGCACCCAACGCCUCCAUCUGGCACAAAUUCCACACAGCCCAACAGUUCCAGCCUUCAGGUUUCGAGAACUUCCUUGGCGAAGUGGCAGGCACACCAAGUGUCGUGUCUUGGGGUACUGAUCGUCUGGACUACUUCGUCGUAGGCAAGAAUGGCUCUGUCUACCACAGAUUCUGGAACUGGCAAGGCUCAUUGGAGAAUUCGAGCUGGGUGCCGUACCCCUACCAUGAAGUCCUACUUGGUCAAAAUGGAACCGACGAGAAGUUCGUCAGUCCUGUCUCUGCGGCAUCCUGGGGAGCUGGCCGUCUCGAUGUCGUUGGACUGGCGAAGAAUGGGUCGUACCUGCACAUGUACUUUGACGGAAGCAAUUGGCAAGGCUGGGAAGACUUCGGUGGCAACUUCAGCUCUGUGCCUUCUGUCGUUGCUUGGAACAACACAACCCGCUUCGAUAUCUUCGGGACAACGACUGAAGGUGACAUCCUCCAUAAAUUCUGGGAUGGGACUACGUACUCAGACUGGGAGAAGUUCGAUGGUCCAUUCACUGGUGCACCCACUGCCUCAACAUGGGGAGCCCCGAAUCUCGAUCUCUGGGCUGUGAAGCAGGAUGGCACGUUAUACCACGUAUAUUGGCGAGGAUCUCACUUCGGCACAGAAAAUCUAGGCGGCAACUUCUCCCACACGCCUCAAGUCGCGCACUGGGUACCAGGUCGUAUCGAUCUCGUUGGACAAUUCGUUAAUCAGAGUUCUUACCAAUACAAGUAUUACGAGCCAAACAGCAACACCUGGAAUGGCUGGUCGGAGAGAGGAGGCGACUUCGUCACACAACCCGCUAUCACUUCCUGGGCGGACAAUCAGCUUAACGUCCUUGGUGUUGAUCGUGAUGGGACACUGAAGUGGCAACUGUGGGUUGGCGAGUGGUUGCCAGGAUUCGACACGUAUUAUAGUCUUGGUAAUACUUCUGAUCCGUUUGCUGAGGCAGCUGAGUUCGGGACCGAAGGGCGGCAGAUUGUUCUCGGUGGGCCGAAAGAGGGAUUGUGA